CAAAAAACAUUACAUUUUCUCCAGGUUCGCGCAGAACUUUCCAAGUUUAAAGUUUGCAACAGACCGGUAAGUCCUGAGGUUUUGUUCCUUGGUAAAUGGUAGUCCCGUAUUGGAGGUAAUUGGCACGACAUCAAAGAUUUUGUUAGUCAAACAUGGGGGCCUGAAUGUACGAUAUUGAGAACUUAACUGGUUAGAAAACUGCUAUGAUCUCGUAGGCUUUUGGUACCAUUAAUAUAUUGAAGACUGAAUAGGUAAGUCGUUACAAGGUUUUUUGCUACGAUGUUAAAGAAUUUAUUGGUAUCUUUUUUAAGGUUUGCAUGCCACGACUUUAAAAAAAAUCUAUUGACAUUGACAGAUUUAUUCAUGUUAAAGGCGUCGUCGGUAAAGCUGGUGUUUUAUUUUAUUUUUCUGUUCUACCCCUUCACUCAGUUAUCCGAGGAGCUGUUUUACUCGAUUUUUUCUCAUUAUGUAUCUAUUUUCAGGACGGAGACGACUAUAGUUGCCAAGCUGGAUUGUCCUGUGUCCAGACCAAGCUUUUCAUCAUGAAAGGACAAAAAGCCUACGUCAAACAGUGCGUGCCGGAAGGAAUGAAGAUCGACGUGGAAACAGUCAACAAGGAUCAUGAUCAAACCUCCAGAAACAGCCGAUUAUUGCCCGGAUUACCUCAGCUACCACGCCAAGUAGGAAACUAACAAAAAAAAGAGGGCUUUUGCAAAUAACACUCUUGACACAAUUUACCACACUAGAAAGUACUGUAGGCAACCAUGGCCGCGACAACUCCUCAAGAUGCCGCUCCCAAAUCGAACAAAACCCAUGGGACUACACCGGGUCUAACUCCUUUCCUUUUAGUGAAAAGUAGUUUAGGCAAAUUGGGUUUGAAUGUAGACCCAUCUUCAGAAUUCUCUUAACUGAAUCUUGUGGGAUUUAAAACAACAACAACAACUAACUACAGGGACGUAACAAUCGCUCAGGGGCCACACCUAGCUAUAUGGUGGGUGGGGAUGAUGCCUUGCACGCGACCUUUAAGUCCUGUUCGUACCCCUCCCUAGUGAGUAGGUCGUUGGUCAAUCAAGCAGAUAAGUCCUCUCCAAUUAUAAUUAGUGAUGGAGUCAACGCCAACGGCAUUGAGUUUUGCGCUGAAAAGUCUCUGUUUCAAUCUCAGUUACCGGUAACUAACACUUAAUAGCCUUUCCCAACACAUCAUUUUUAAAACAAUUGCUUGUUGUUUCUUAAGCUUCUACAGAGUUGCCGUUCUGAGAGUGAUUGCGAACAGAAUCAAUGCUGUCCUCGCUUUGUCAACCUAUGCCUUCCAAAACUGCCAGAGAUGGCAGAAUGCUCUCUAAAGGUAUGUGUGAAAGUCUUUAUGUUACUGUCAGCUAUACGGGUACCAGAUGACUCCACUCGAAAGAGGUUCCCUUUUCAUGCCUCGGGUAUUUUUCCACGAGUUAAUGCCGGCUAUGAAAGGGUGCUGAAGUUUGCCGAGCAUUAGAGUAUUUAUAACAGGCGCACCUUUCACCGGCUCUAUCACCUGCAUUUAAUUAUCAAAUGCUGUAAGAAAUUGACAAGAGCACCUUCUGUGAAAUAUGUACCAUUUAGCGGUAUACCUGUUCUGGUAUGUAAAAAGGUAAGGGGUUGAACUCGGCUCAGGGCUGAGUCUUUAGUAUAUAACUUAGAUGAGUAGCCCAAUCCUCCAGGAGAUUCCCGUAAUGCUGGUGUUCAUAGGUUACAAAAAGUGGCUUUAAACAACAGUGCAGUAAGUCAAAUGUUACAAUAUAUUCAGUUUGCCCAAAAGAGUGCUUUCUUUUUUCAACUCUAGGAAUUACACAACUGUGGCUGUCAAGAUGGACUUAAAUGCCAAAAGACGGGCGAAGUCACGAUUCCGAUCAUUGGCAUCAAAGUUCCGCUGCUGCAGUGCGUGUCGUCCCUCCCAGGCGGAGAUACUUCUUAGAAAGCUUUGACUGACACACGAAGUUAUAGCUAUAGUAUACGUAGUUGAAAUAAAAAAACACUUUAAGACCCCUUAAAGUCUAAGACUGUUGUACCUCUUGCCUAAGAUUACUCUCCCAUAUAUUCUUUGUUUUGUCGAAUUUUCCUUUUGAGGAAGAGAUAAGUGACAAUUUGACAACUAACAAUAAAAAGGUGUUGGUUUCAAAAGAAACUGAGUUAUUGUGUUGGUAACGGGAGUGAAAGACUACGACAUUCUAGUUGUUAAGGUGAAUUUACCACCGUAAAAGGGCUGAAAAGGUCAGUAACGUUUCGAGCCGGAUAGCCCUGGCCUUUGUAGCCUGCGUGGCAGGCGCAAAAAGGGGAGGGGGAGGGGAAGGGAGAAAGGGAAAAGGGAAGGGAGCCUCCCCCUGUCCCCAAUCCCCCUCCCCUUUUUCCCUUCCUCCCUAUCCCCUACCCCCUACCCCUUUCGACGCCUGCUACGCAGGCUAUGGCCUUUGUAAUUCUACCGCAAUAUACAGGUAAAGGCUCCUCGGGGGGUACACAAUAAAAAGCA